ACCUUAUCUGCAGGAGCAGCUGUUAGAAAGUAUGCGUGUGAGAGAGCUAUAAAGUCAGCAAAUACUAAAAAAAAGAACACGAACAGAUACUAAAUAGUGUUUUGGAAGGUUUCUGGGCCCACAUGUCAAUUAAGUAAUUGAGCUGAAGUGAGUGAGUCAGAGUGAGGGAGGGGGGCGCUGCGUCCGGACGCACGGACUUUGGCUGCAGAUGAAGUUUUCAGUCACACUGAACCGUAGGACUUCUAGGAAUUCAUUUUACCCGUCUAGGCUGUGUCUAUCCCCCGACUGAGAUGUUGCGAUGUUCCGUGCGGCCUUACAAAACGUGGACUUGUUUUGGUUGAUUGCGUUUUACUUCGUUUUUCUGCCGGAGACUGGCUGUAGAUCAGCCGAUGUGGACAGCUGUCAUGAGGUGAAGACAGCCUACAUGAUGCGCCAAAUAGGCCCGGUGGAGCUGGUGCCAGACAGGCCAGGAACAGACGAGUCUCUCCGAGUGUGCGUCCACCCCGGGCCCAGCUGCUGCACCAGCAAGAUGGAGGACAGCUACAUGGCGGCUGUUCGCAGCGAGACGCAUCAAAAGAUGCGAUCUUACAGCUUUGAACUAAAGUACCUGCUCGCUGGACACACCAAGGCCUACCAAGAGACCUUCGAGUCACUCGUGUCCUUCACAUCUAACCUGACCGGCACUCUGUUCGACAGCGCCUACUCUGCUCUGGCGUCCAACUGUCGCCCCCUUGUGUUUCAGCUGUUCAGCAGCAUCAAACGCCACCUGUCCGGGGACACUAAUUCCUCGCUAGACAACGCAGUGCGUCGGUUUUACAACGACCUUUUCCCGCUGGUCUACCGCCGCCUGCUCAAUCCUGGCAUCGGUCAUACGUCGCCACAGUCCUAUUUGUCUCCCUCCUCCAGUCACGACGACUGCCUGCGGAUGACGCGGCAGGAUGUCAGCCCGUUCGGACCCCAUCCUCGCCUCCUGGUCAGCAGCUUGUCACGUGCACUCAGGGCGGGUCGAGCGCUGAGCCGGCUGCUGAGACUGGCUGCAGAGGUUGUGAAUGCAACUGAGAAGGCAACGUUAUCCAGAGAGUGUGGACGAGGCUUAGUGAGGAUGCAGUACUGUUCCCACUGCAGAGGGCUGACGCUGAUACGGCCCUGCACCGGACUGUGUGUCAACAUUAUGAGAGGAUGUCUGAUGGGUGUAUCAGAGCUUGGCGCCCCCUGGGGGAGUUUGGUGGUGUUGCUCCAACGGUUAGCUGCCACUUUAGCAACCAGCAGCAACCACAACAGCAUGGAGUUAGCGCUGCUAGCAGUCCGAAAUCACGUGAAUGAUGCUAUACUGCACGCUCAGCUGCACGGGCCGCGAAUUACAGCCACAGUAGAGAAGGUGUGUGGACCCCAGGCAGCUGGUCCCAUGAUGCCAAGCACAGACGCCCCCCCCACCUCGCGCGUUACAACCUCUGUGAGCCCUGCUGCACCUGUGACCGCCGAGAAGUCACAUGUGACGUCGCCUCCCUCAGUGGGCCCAGCUGCUCGUCAGCGUCUGCAGCUGCAGUCCCGAAGGUCAUUCCUUCUUAAAGGUUCUAGAAGAGACCAGAGUCGCAGCCUGAAAAAACUGUCGAGGGAGUUUGAGGGCUCUAUCCAGAGGUACCAGUGGUUUUUCUCAGAGCUGCCAGAGAUGCUGUGUGAAAGCGAGAUGGAGGUUGAGCAGCACACAUGCUGGAGCGGCCAAGACGUCGUAGAGAGUUAUGCAGGUCGUGUGGUUGGCAGCACUUUAAAAGCCCAGAGGGAGAACCCAGAGAUGACUGUCCGUAAUACAGAUCCCGUCCUGAAGGGGGCGAAACUGAGGCUGGAGCAGCUGACACAGGAGCUCUUAGUGGAGCUCGGCUGGGCGAGCAAAGCUAGAGGAAAGGUGGAGGAAGAGGAGGGAGGGAGCGCACAGACAGAGGGAGGCAGCGGAAACGAAUGUGAUGAUGAAGACGGCUGUGAAGCAUCUGGGGAGGAGAACGGUGAGGAGACAGGUGAGACAUCCAGCGGUCGCAGUCCAACAACAAAGACUCCUCCACCGCCUCCUCCUCCUCCUCGCCGCCCCGAUCCUCCUCAUCACCUGUCACCUCCGCAGGUGGCUGUUCGGGGCGCAGCUCGCACCUCAUCUGCUGAACCUUUGACCCUGGUGACCCUGCUGCUGCUCCUGCUGCUGUUGUCAUGGGAACCCCGCUGAACCAAGGAGACAUCGUCCCUGGGACUGAGAGAGACAACCUCAAAAGUUUUGUGGUGAAGUUAUCUGUGAGCGCAGGUCAACCACUCUGAUUGUUUUUGUUCCGGUCGGCCCGGCUGCUGGGACGAGCUGUCGAUGCAUCACAGUCGCAGGUGCACCGGAUGCAUUUUUAUGUUACCUGUACUUACCUCUACAUGUGUUUGUUUAUUUGUUUUUAACUCUGAUAGGAUAGAUUGCACAACACUACUGAAUUUUUUGAAGAGAGAUGUAAAUACAUAUCAUAUAUAUAUUAUAUAUUUAUAUGAAGAAUUUCUAUAACAGCAGCUUGAUGUGUAAAUAGAGACUAACAUAGAACAGAGCAGACUGAAUUGGAUGUUACGGGACGUUAGGUUUGAUUUGAUUCAUGACAGCUAAAGUUCAGACUGGAAACUCUCAUUGAAGCAGCAGGUAAGACACACUUGUGAGGACCUCCAGUUAAUGUUGAAGAGAGUUUAACACGGAGAGCUAAACAUAGGCAGGAAAGGACAUUACGAUUCUGUGUCAAUAGGCAGGACAACCAAUUAUAUGAUACUUCAGACCAUUUACAGAAGACCAUGCAGCAUAAUGAAUAAUUUGACAGUUCGGUAUGUAAGCCUGUGCAGACUGAAGCACAUCCAAGCUUUCCCCCAGCUUUCACACAAAUAUGCUCUUUAUUCACCCAAGCUGAGAGGUUCACUUCUGCAGUGAGUACGCUGAGAGUUUUGACUGUGGGACACUUUCUAAUUAAUCCAAAAUGACUCUUUAAUGACUGAAUUCUCUCCCGAGAAAGUUUCUCCUUUUCUAGGCUUAGAUUAUAGUCUUGGCGGGACUAUUUUCUUCUCAAGAUGUACAGCAUGCAAAGUUGUAACAGCACUACAGGGAGGGAUGUGACAACUUCCACUUCAACUUCAAUUUCACUCGUGAGCUGCCACAGCCAUCCUCAACAGAAAAGCUCUGUCAAAAAAUAAGAGUAUUCUAAAUAAUAAAAGCACAAGAAGGCUAAAUAUGGACUGCACCUACGAGCAAGACACAAAGAGUGGAUAAUUUGACAUCUCACUGUCAUAUGCAAACGCUGACUGUCACAGUGAUUUCAAAGGCUGGCUUGUCUCCAAAUGUUGCAAUGAGAUAAUGCAUACAAGACGUCCAACGCAAUAUUAUAUAAUUACAGCUUUCUCUCACUCUGAUACAUGUGUUAUCAGCUCAUCUCUGUAUCCAGUGGAGACAAGAGAUGAGGUGUCAGGAGAGUGAUCAGAGAGCAGCUGAGCCCGGAUCCAAACAAGUGAAUUAAAUGUAAUUAAUUAGAGCUAUCAGGUCCUGUCGGCUCUCUGUUGAGUUUCAAACCCCCCAAACUACACACAACAGCAGGACAGACAAGUGGAAUACUAUUAUAUACUAUUAUAAUAUUAAAUAAUUCCAGAAUGGAGCCAGUGAACCAGCUGAAGGACACUGCGUGCAGUGGGUGAUUAGUCUUUUUGCUCUUUCACAAAACUCCUACAUAUAUGCGUCUGUUUUGAUCACCUGAGACAGUUUAUUUAUGAAGGAACGUUACUGACAGAGACAACUUGGGAAAUACCAUUAAGAGCUGAGCUGUGUGAGUUUUCUGGGCAGCAAGCCCAAAUACCAUGUCAGCUAGUGGGAUGCUUUCACAACACAAUUUGUGCUAUUAUUUGAUUAGGAUUCAAACGUUAUACCCAAAUGGGAUGACAGUUUGGAUUCAAGCCAACCUCUCCGUGUUCCACAAAACUCGCUAUGCAACCUACAUAAACAAACCACCAAAACACACCGAUGCACAGAUAGAUAUGUGGACGUAUAGACCGUAUGGAUACACACUGUUAUUGUUUCUAAACUUGGGAUGACACUAGUGUGAGCUACUGAAGGUGGCUGAAAACUUACAAACUCUGUAUAACAUGACAUAAUGAUCAGUUACAGUUCUCUUGGGUAAUAAUCCAAAUUAAAUCAUCUGGAAAGUACAGAUUUAAAUGCUAAUUUGGUGUUAUUAGUUGUCGUUCUGUGGAUGCUCAACCUCAUCUAAGAGCUACACGUUGACAAAUCUGUGUACUGAAGGAAGUGUGAAUCUCGUUAGCACAUAUUUGUACAUGAGAUGGAACGAUGUUGUAUCAAGAAUAGAAAUGGCUGUCUGUUGUCCCUCCGGUGCUUGUCAGCGUGUGCGUUGAGGCACACAUGGUGAGCUGUGCCAUGUCAUUGUCAUAUCAAAUGUACUUUUAUCAAGGUCCAACAGCUAACAACUAAUUUUGUAUAGUAAUGUAGCAGUAUGCAGGGACACCAGGAUGUGACAAACAGUCCUACAGUCCUUCUGUCACUGCACUCUGAAAACUGCUGUGCUGCUUUAAUACACUAAACCUGUGACUCUCGUGUUAAAUGUAAAUAAACCUGCUGUAACACACUGUGUUGGGUCAUUAAUCUUCAGUCUAAUAUCC